AUGACGGUUCUUCAAGCAGACGUGUCGAUUCUUCACAGAGCAGAUGGCUCGGCGCGAUACUCGGCGGCAGGAUACACAGUUGUGGCGGCUGUGAAUGGGCCCAUUGAAGUCACACGCCGUGAUGAGCUUCCACAGCAUGCUGCUCUUGAAGUCAACGUGCGGCCUGCUGUCGGUGUAGGCAGUCCGAAAGAACGCCAUCUUGAAUCGCUCAUCCACUCGACACUGCGCGACAUAGUCUUGACACACAUGCACCCGCGCACCCUGAUCCAAUUGACUCUCCAAAUCGUCAACACCCCCGAGCAAGAAAACACCCUCCCCGCCUCUUUCGCGCUCUCCCCUCUCCCAGCUCUCCUCAACGCAUCCCUCCUCGCCCUACUCAGCGGUAGCAUUCCCCUAACCACAACCCUCACCUCCACCCUCGUCGCCAUCACCCCUUCCGGCAGCCUCACCCUAAAUCCCACGCCAAAAAUCCUCCUCACAGCCACCUCCUCCCACGUCUUUGCCUUUUCCUCCACCGGCUCUCUACUCCUCGACCUCAGCGAAGGCGACUUCAACCUCUCCACCUGGGAAAAAGCCCACGAUACCGCAAAAGCAGAAUGUUGCAAAGACCAAGUGUCGGAAGAUGUGAUGGAAGAGGGUAAACCCAGCUUACAGACUUUUGUGGAGAGAGUGGUGGAGACGAGGGUGGACAAGGAAAGAGCUUGGAAGAAUAAUGACUAG